GAAAAAAAAUUAAUAUUAACAUUUCAGAUGCCUGUUUUGUGCAUUUGAUCAUUUUUCAUCUCUAGACCGAAUAAAAACUGUUACCAGUAUAAAAACAAUGUAAAGGGCAAAGUAAUCCACAAAGCGUACCACACUGUAUAUAAAUCCUUAAUUUUGACAUUGUUUGAAGCCCCUAGGAUAUCAAAUUACUUUUUUAUCAACUUCACACCAUGAGGUUAUCGAAAAUAUGACGAAUUCAUGACUUUAUGGAUGCUGAAACAUAUGGAUUGACUCUUAUUCACCUCUUCUUAGGACUUACCACACAAUAUUGCCAAUUCUUCGUCUUCCAUCAACUUUAUGAUUUUCAUCGUAAAUGAUUAGGAGUUGUGCAUGUUGAUUUACUAAUGUCAUUCCAUUUGUUCAUUAGCUUGCCGCACUUACAUAUAUAAUUUUCAUUUAAUGCCUAUUUUUGAGAAAUACUGUUCUAUUUUUUACGUUUCCAGCGAACCCUUAACAAAACUUAAUGAGAUAUUCCCCAUGAACUUUUUAAUAGUACUUAGUCCAUUCCAAGGCCUCAGCCAAUCUCAAAAGCAUUCCUAUCGAAUUUUCAUAGUAGUUGUAUGAUAUUGAAAUCGACGCUCAAAACAUUUGUUCGGGCUCAACGUACCACCACUUCAUCCGAUAUCAGGAGGAUACCUUCGUCCGGAAUAACUAAAUACUGGGAUAUUUGUCAAAAAAACAUUUGAUGGUGUAUGAAAUGCCGUGAUGGAUGACCAAGAAACGAUAAACCACCGCAUAUUCGUGCUAGUUGUAGCCCAUAUUUAGAUUGGAGGAAGUUUCUUCCAUAAAACGAUGCUUCCAUGGGCUUAGAUGAGCGUCUUCAAUAUCUGUAGGCGCUAGUUGAACGAAGAAUUUACCUAUAACUUGCACUUUAAGCGAACUAUGGUUGAGGGAAAGGGUUGACGCGACGAUUUUGACGAUAAAAAAAGCCUUCACAUUGGAAGUUGAAAUCCCAAUUUAGCAUUUUUUGUACUGAAUUAUGAAGUGGGGUAUGUAUUGUUCCUUUCAAGUAGUGACUGAUCUUAUAUUGAGGACGGUGAUAUAAUGGAUUUAUACAGUACGAGCAUAUUUUUGCAUCUUUCUCAUGACUUCCUCAAGAUGGCAAAUUAUUUUAUAGAAAUAUAUACAUAUGUGGCGUUUGGUUAACUAUGAUGGAAAAAAGACAUCAAGUCGGCCUUCACGUCGGUGUCGCUAUGCUUCCCUUUCUUCUAAUUUCAUGACACCUGCUUCGGAUUCUGAGUGUAAGGUUCCCAUAAAUGGUAAGCAGAUUACGAAGCUGGUGAAGAAUUUGCGGCGUACUGCGUGUGCUCUUCGCUCAAACAAUAUGCUUCAAUUCGAGAAGCUACUACAGUUCGUGGAGCAGUUCGUAAGGAGUUUUUUAGACCUUCAUCUCUACCCUACUAUUUGUGAAGGUGAAACUAAUCGUAACAACAUCGAGGACCAGAAUCAAGAAAAUUUACCAUUUCCUUCCAUUCGUUUGAUUGCUCUGGGUAUCGGUCCUUUUGAUCGACAACAGGACCAACAACAACAUUUAGCUGGAUUUUUGCAAAUGUCUGCUUUCCUAGCCUUGCGGGAUGCUUGCCAACGGGCCAUCAAUUUGAUCUCUGGCGAGUUCGCGCAAUCGCUUUCAGUUUCUACCGGAGCCGUGUGUGAUGCGAAGGAUGGCAUGAAUGGCGCCGCGUCGUCCCCGCCGCAACAACAUGUGCCUCACUCACACUCCCAACCUACGAAUAAAGAUGUCAUUCAUUUCCACACCUGCUUCUACGACCCCAUCUGCGGUCCACUGCAUCGCCUUUGUUGCCAGCGGUUGGCUAUCGAGGUCGAGACGCACAACACGUGUGGGGUCUAUCGUCCAGAGAAUACAAGCCAGCUCGUGAUCGUCUUCGCCCCGCACUGCCCCUGGGGCUUACUGCACAACCUCCUCGUGGCCAACUGGCCAUCUUCAUCAUCCCCGACAAAGGGCGAGCGGCACUCAGGCUCUGGGGGCCAUAUUUGUAACAAACCCGCCCUCCCCCUGCGUCGGGUGCUUCUCUUCGCGAAUGACCUCCGCGGCUUCCCGUUCGCCCCGGGGGAGCCCUCCGCGUGGGCGCUGUGGAGUCUCAGUCAUGAGGGGUUGCGGUCCUGCUUGGCAAUCGAGCCCUUGCGGGGCCAAACGCGAGGGAAGGCUACACGAUCUCGAACUCGUCCAAUAGAUGCGUCGACGUCCAUGGCGUUAGCGGCGGACGGCGAGUAUGCCAGGCUCCGGGAUCGGGACCUCGCGGAGGAGUCGGCCGAGGCGACCCUUGGGGUAAGCCCGCAAGGCCUGCUGGCGGCCUUCUCGGACCUUGCUUUUAUGUGUGUUAAAGAGGAACUCAGUGAUACGGAAAUCACGGCGCGUCUGCGCCCAGGGACCCGAAGUCUGACACCUUUGACCCAAUCUCAGGAAUUGCACUGA